AUGACAGUCGAACGCUCAGUCUCUGUCAUUGGCCUGGGGCUAAUGGGUUCUGCACUUGCUAGAACCUUUGUGGAUAAGGGAUGGAGAACGACCGUCUGGAAUAGGUCUUCCACCAAAACUCAUCCGCUAGUCGCCAUAGGCGCAGUCGCGGCGGCUUCGGUGACUCAGUGCAUCAGCGCAAGCCGUUUGGUCGUCACCUGUCUGCUCAAUCCGGAGGCCGUCCACGAUGUUCUGGAAGGUGCCGAUCCUCUUUCUUGCGCUGGCCGGACUUUGAUAGACUAUACCUCCGGGACUCGUUCCCAGACCUGGGAGACACAGGAACGGGCAAUAAAGCUGUCCUUCUCGGCUUACUUACGCGGUGCGAUUCUCGCAACACCUGAGCAUGUGGGACUGCCGGAAGCGCCAUUUUACUACGCUGGCAAUGAGACGGCAUUUCGAUCCAUCGAAGGCUACUUUCAAAUCCUCGGCCGGACAUCCUACCUUGGAGAUGAUCCUGCCUUAGCCUCGCUGCAAGGAUGCAUUAUGAUGGAUGCUUUCUUCGGUCUUGCGGCGGGCUUCCUGCAGUCGGUGGCAGUCCUGAAGGCAUCCAAAAUGUACACUAAAGGAGGCGCGGAACGUUUUCUGUAUGAUGAGCUGGUCCCGUUACUUUGCCAGAACUAUCCGAAGAUGCUCGGCGACUUUGCAAAGCAAAUCGACAAUGGUCACUACCUGAGGGAGGAUGGCAACAGCAUGCCAUUGUGCAUAUUAGUGCAAACACUACAGAAUGUAAUGCAGGCGCAUUCCGAACACGGUCUUUCGAACGCGAUGUUCAAACCGCUCUUGGAGCUCAUGCAGACCAGAGUUGCGCAAGGUGGUGCGGCCGAGGAAAUGAGCAGCUUGAUAGCGACCAUCUCAGAUCCUGGGCCGCUUGAAGAUGAGGCUGUAAUUGAAUCAGCCGUCCUUGGGCCAUAA